GACUGAACUCUCCGGUAUAAAAUGGCGUAAGCUGACGUGGUGCGAUUCGGGGGGCGGCAGUGGUUUGGGCGGCGUCGACCAUGGCGGUGGGCAUCCCGGCGGUGUCCAUCCGCACAAUCCGCACCACCUGCCGCCCCACCAUCCGGCCGCGCAUCGGGGCGGCCCACACCACCAUUUGCCGCCGCCCCACUGUUCGACACCAGGCGGAUACCACUGCCCGUCGUCGGAACCGCUGGAGGAUCCGGUCCUGCGCAGCUACGCGCGCUGCCUCGCCGCGGACAUCCUGUGCGUGUGGAGGCGGGCGUCGACGCCCACCCGUAACGGUACCGCCUCGCAGCCAGCGCAGGACGUGUACGAUCUGGGGGCGGGCAUGCCGCCGCCCCCGCAGCAACAGCACCACCAUCAACCGCCCCCGUUGAGUUUGGCCGCCGCGAAGGAACUGUGGAUAUUCUGGUAUGGAGAGGAGCCUGAUUUGAGCGAGUUGGUCGCGCCUGAGAUUAACAUGACCGAUAACCGUAUAUCAAGAAUGGGGAAAAUGAAGUAUUUAAGUCAAGAAGAAAAUAAUUCAAAAAGGAGUGAGUGC